UGCAAAUUUGCUUGUUUUUCCCCCGCACCGACACCAUGUGCAUACCGCGCGCCGCGGAUAGCUGUUUACAUGUAACUGUGUGAGAUCUGUAAGCCAAUGUGCUGUCUUCGAACUUGAAGUAUCCGCCUUAGUUGUAACCUGUUUCAUUCCUUUAUUUUGGAGACAGAAUUGACUUUGAGAUAUCUGAAGUUACUGGAUCAUUAUGGAGGUCAAUCUGAUUCAAGAAGCCGAAGAGCGAGUCUCUAGUGAGUUCGUAAACAGGCCAUUAAGAUCGAUCCGUCGUCGGUCGGAUGUGUGGACUUUUAUGGAGUACCGCACUUCGAAAGCAAAUAAUUCGAAGUACAUAGAAUGCAAACUAUGCGGUUUGCAUCUAACCGCCUCAUCCCGAAGCGGUACUUCGAAUUUGAGGAAUCAUCUGUUAAAUCGACAUGCUGAUCAGUACCAUCCAAAAAUUAUUCCUGAUCGUCACGCUGUUAAACGUGGUUACAGAUUUGCAGCGGGUCCUUUCUCAUCGAGGGAUGAUAAUGAUAAAGCCAAGGAUGAAGAAAGAGAAAAUAAAGAAGGCCAAGACGGAGUUGAAGCGAAAAGUGAAGCUGAUAAGAUUAAGAUGGAACUGGAGGGCGAAGGAGGAAUCAAUGUUGACGCAAACGGUGGGGACCGCGACUCCAUCAGUCAACUGACGAAAACAAGGAGAUUUGCUCAAAGUUCCAUGAAGAAAGCUGUUGCCAGACUUCACCAGCAGAAAAGUGGAAAUGUGCCGGGCAUUUUCAGGAAGAUCUUGUGUACUUCCUCCCGUGCCCAAGGCAUCAGCAAUUCCAUAUUUCGAAUGCUGAUUGAAGAUUUAUUGCCAGUGAACAUCAUUGAGGGACUUGGAUUUCGGGCGCUUGUUGAUGCUUUACAAGCAGGGUACCCUUUCCCAACAACAUUUGGUCUUGAGGAACGUCUACUUGCCCGACUGGCAGAAGGUCGGACCAAGCUUGCCAAGCGUUUGUCAAGUGCCCUGAAAAUUGGCCUCAGCUGUGAUCUAUGGACAGACUACCACAACAGGAACUUCAUUACGGUCACAUCACAUGUUAUCAGCACAGACUGGAGAAAUGAAAGCUGGGUCCUUGGUACCGUCAAGGUAAAGGCGAAUGCUACAGAUGUAGAUGUUGCCCAGCAAAUUAGGGAUAUGUGCCGAGAUUGUGGUGUGACGAUCUCUGAUGUUCCUGCAAUGGUGUAUGGCACAGAUGGUGUCCAGUCAGUUGCUGACACUACAGAAAGACUGAAGGUAUUGAAAUCAAUUUGUGCCUUUUUGAACGUGGAAAGCAGACCAUGUGCAGGGGAGCUCCUGGGAAUCUCUGUGCAGAACGCUCUUGGUGUUCCAUCUCUUGCUAAACUCAUUCAAGAUGCCGGUCAGCUUAUCUCCCACCUGUCCACAGAUCGCACUUGCCAACAGGAAUUGACACGGUCACUGAAAGACCAGAAAAAAUCUCUCACUCUGACCAUAUGCGACACUUCCAGUGGAUGGCAAGUAAUAUCCGAUAUGUUUUGUCAACUAGCAGAGUUAGAGGAGGUGAUUUGCAAAGUUCUUGGUGCCGACCAUGAAGCAAACCUGAGUGAUCUUCAAUGGAAGGUACUUCAUGAGCUAAUCCAAGCUCUCCAAGGAGUGAAAGCUGCAGUAGCAGUCAUGGGAGAUGGCAGGAACAAGUCGGGUUCCUGCUGGUUACCAGUCAUGCAUGGAGUACUUCAGCACAUUGAUACCCCCAAUGCUGAGGAUAUCUCUGAUGAUGGACAAGUCUUCAGGAACAUCCUCAGUGCAGAGCUGAAAUCACGUUGCGAGCUGAAUGAAAUCCUGCCCAGCUCUUUGAUGAUGCAAGCUGCAGCCAUUGAUCCAAGAUUUCACCACCUGCGCUUCUUAUCCGAUGAGGAUCGAGUCCCGGUGGUCGAGGGGUUGAAGCAGAAACUUUCAGAAAACCACCGAGAAGGGCUGGAGAAUGGAAGCCCAGAGGUUGAGGAAGACUCUCCAUUCUUUGCGUUACUUGGAGAAGACGAGUUCAACAAGAAGACUAUCAAGCCAGAGGACGUGAUUGACCUCUUCAGGUUGGAACGUCCAGUUUCCAGAGAGACAGAUCCUCUCAACUGGUGGCGGUUGAAUGAAAAGCGCUUUCCUGGUCUCUGCAAGCUCGCCAAGGGUAUCCUCUGUGUGCCUAUUGCUGCAACUCCUCUGUGUAAGAGUACCGAGACCAGCAGAACUCUGGAAAAUCGUAAACGCCUUGAUCACGUGCAUGUUGAUGCACAGCUCUUUCUUCACAAGAACAAUGGUCUGUUUGAGUAGAUUCCCUGUUUGAAAUUAUCGGAAUAUACUGCCAGUACUGUCCUCUGCGGUAAAAAAUGGAAACAUGGAUGAAAAUAAUCUAAAAUGGAAGCUUAUACCUACAGUGUAUCUGAGCCGAGCUAGGCAUGCAUUUAUUUAAAAAAGGUCACUUUUAAGGGGCAUAUUUUUUAUUGCCAUUCAAUCUCGAGAAAAGGGGAUCUUAUUUGUUUAACCCGGUACCUGGUUUUUAGUCCCAACCCUAGUAUUCUUGUUUAUAUAAUUGUUUGAUAUAUAUAUUGUUAACUAAAUAUUCAUGUAUAUAAAUGAAUUUUAUGAAUAAAAUUCAUGCAUCAAGCCAUCAAAUCUGUUUUCAUUAUUUAAUAUGAAAUUAUUUUGCAUUCAUUUACAAGUACAAUUAUCCUUGUACAUACUUGAGCAUCAAAUAUGUGCACAAGCAGUUAACAUUCCCUCAAAAUUCUUUUAGAAAUGGCCUCAUAUGAAGUCUGUAAGAUUUCUGAUACAAUUGAAUUCUUUCAUUUCCUCAUUUAAAGUGUUAAGAAGAAAUAUUAUCCAAUCCAAAUGAAUAUGUUCAUUUAUCAUACAGGUACAUCACUCAGGGAUACAAAUUUUGAUUUAAAAAAAUAAAUUCUAUUGCAACCCUGAUAGAAUUUCAUGCAUGACGUGUUAUAAAUUUCAAAAUGCCACUAUGUACAUGUUUAUCGUUUAUUUACAAGGAAUAAUGCAUGUUGCACUUUCAAAUAACUGUACAUUCAGUACUGUAAAUCUAAUCAAUGAUUUCAUUUUAUGCCACAUAGGAAUCUCUAUAAAAAGAGAAAGAUAAACAGGAAAAAUGUAAUUGUUAUCAGAAGUAGGUUAUGAUUGAAGGAUAAAUGUAGCCGCUAGUCACUUAAAAGAUUUAUAAAUAUUAAUUCAGUUAUAUGAAAAAUAAAUAGGAAAAAUGCAACACGAUUUUUACCAUCAAAUUUUAAUGACUUUUAACAAAUGAUUUAAGGAUAAAAUGAACUCCUCUGGCGUUUCUUGCAACAAGUUUAUUACGCGGUACGGGUUCAUGGAAAAUAAGAAGCAUUCUUUAUAACAUGGACUGAUCUGAGAAACAGAGAAAUUUUGCUUUGAAAUAUUUCAAAAAUUCUGCUGGGAAUCUCUCAGACUCUUGGCUGUCGUUUGCAAUUUUUUUCUUCCCCCCUUCCACAUGGCAAAAAAGCAAGCAACAAUUGACCUUGUAAAAUUCAUACCAAUA